GAAAUUUCAGAUUUAUAUACAUAAAACAGAACAAACUGCAGUGAAGGUGCUUGGUAUAAAACAGGGGCCAUUGCUAGAUGAUGCCCUUCAUCUUUACAGUAAAACUAGGCUUGGCUAUGUAGGAUGCUUCAUUGCAACUGAAUGCUGCAGGAUGGCUCUUUUGUAUACACACCGUGUUUGUGUGUGUGUGUGUGUGUGUGUGUGACUCUAAGGGUAGGAGCAUGGUGCUUUACUAAGGAGGAUUGAAAGGGGAGCUGCUCUCUCUCUCACUCUCUCUGUGUAUCUCUAUCGCCCUGUCCCCCCUCUGGGCAGCUUUUGUCCCUGAUAGGAAAUGACUUGGCCGUUUCCACAUGGCGUUUUUGCUCGGCUGGACCUGUGCCUGGGAGGCUGAAGAAAGAUCAUGCAGAGUUUGUCAGGAGCAGUGAACGAAGGUAACACCCCGAGCCUGCAAGAUAUCAGAGAGGAGCAGCAGAGACCGCUGAAGCAGUCCCUGAGCAGCUCGCUGUGCCGGGAGUCUCACUGGAAAUGCCUGGUCCUGACCCUCCUGAUGUAUGGCUGCUUUGGCGUGGUGACCUGGUGCCACCUGUCCAAAGUGACCAGGCUGGCCUUCAACAAGCCCUACGGCCGUGAGUCGAUGAUCUACCACGAGAGCCCAUGCUCCAGCGGCUAUGUCUACAUCCCCCUGGCCUUCCUCAUGAUGCUCUAUGUGGUCUACCUGGUGGAGUGCUGGCACUGCUAUGGCAAGAGUGAGAUGCAGCACAAGGUGGAUGUCAACAGCGUGUAUGAGAGGGUGCAGCGCCUCCAGCAGGCCACCCCCUGCAUCUGGUGGAAGGCCAUCAGCUACCAUUACAUCCGUCGGACCCGGCAAGUCACGCGUUACCGCAACGGUGACGCCUACACCACCACACAGGUCUACCACGAGCGGGUCAACACCCACCUGGCCGAGUCCGAGUUUGACUACUCGCGGCACGGGGUCCGGGAUGUGUCCAAGGAGCUGCUGGGCCUGGGCGACUACCCGGCAACCAAACUCCGCUUCACCAAGUGCUUCAGCUUCGCCAGCGCCGAGUCUGAGACCGCGUACCUGACCCAGCGGGCCCACUUCUUCAGCCAGAAUGAGGGCCUGGACGACUACAUGGAGGCCCGCGAGGGCAUGCACCUGAAGAAUGUUGACUUCAAGGAGCACAUGUUGGCCUUCUCCGACCCCAAGAACCCGCCCUGGUAUGUCUCCCGCUAUGUCUUCUGGACGCUGUCCUUCCUGGUGCUGUCAUGGCCGCUCAGAGUGCUGGUGGAGUACCGCACAGCCAGCGUGCACUACCACGUGGAGAAGCUCUUUGGCCUGGAUGAGGGGCUGCUGGUCAUCACCCCCGAGGAGUCCGGCCUAUACGGGCAAAGGGUCACCCGGGUCAACACCAUUGACAUGACCGAGCUGGAGUGGCACAUCCGCUCCAACCAACAGCUGGUGCCCAGCUACUCAGAGGCCUCCAUCAAAGACAAACUCGGCAAGUUGCUGUUGGCCAUUUGGCCCGCCCUUCCUGCUGUGCCCAUGCAAUGCCAAGUUUUGGUGGGCAUGCUUUAGCUCCACUCUCCCCCACCUCAGUUCCUUGAGAGGUGCCUGUCCCAGCCUUACUCAAUGGGAGGGAGAGAAUUCCAAAGAUUGGCCACCCUCCGUCCCUCCCCUCAAUCCAAAAUGGUUUGACCCUUGUCCUGAAACUGGGGCCUCCACGCACCCCCCAACGCUGGGGAAAUGAUGUCCUAACCCCUCACUGAAAUGUUGUGUAUCUCCACCUGAUUGCCUCCCUUUCCCUCACACGCCUCUGACUCUGUCCAUUCCCCUUUAUGCCCCAGGGAUCGCUCGGUUGAAUUUUCACUGCCCACUUCUGUAAGGCAGUUGCAAUCCUUCCUUAAAUGAGGAGACUGAAACUGUGCACAACAAUGGCUAUAGGGUCCAAUACAAUAACAGCAGAGAGUCCUUCUUUAGUGUUAUGAACCGAUUAUCCCAUCGUGAUGAAAGGCUACCGUGCAGCGUGGUUUCCCGAUCUGCAUAUUAACCUCGUGGUGUGUCAUACACAGACGCCAAGGGCCCACCACCCUAAUUUCCCAUUUGUGGUAUAAUGCGCUUUUCUACCCUCCUGAACUUAGUGAUCCAAGUCACACAGGGUUCCACGGCAUCAUAGUCCACUCAUGGACCCCACCUGACCGCACGGAUUCCCUCUCCCCUCCUCUUAGCAUCCUCCCUGCCAGCCGAUGCUUUUCGAGUCUUACUGUUGAGCAGCCGUAACCGUCCAAGUCAUCUCACAACGGAUUGGGCAAAGGCAGGAAUAUCAUCGUCAUAGAAUCCCAAUGGUGUGGAAGGAGGCCCUUUGGCCCAACACGUCCACACCCACCUUUGCAGCAUCCCACCCAGACCGAUCUCCCUAUAACCUGCCUAACCUGCACAUCCCUGGGCACUUUGGGACAGUUUAGCACGGCCAACCCACCCUAACCCGCACAUCCCUGGGCACUAUGGGACAAUUUAGCACGGCCAAUCCACCCUAACCUACACAUCCCUGUGCACUAUAGGACAAUUUAGCACGGCCAAUCCACCCUAACCCGCACAUCCCUGGGCACUACAGGACAAUUUAGCACGUCCAAUCCACCCUAACCCGCACAUCCCUGGGCACUAUAGGACAAUUUAGCACGGCCAACCCACCCUAACCUGCACAUCCCUGGACACUAUGGGGCAAUUUAGCACGGCCAAUCCACCCUAACCUGCACAUCCCUGGGCACUAUGGGACAAUUUAGCACGGCCAAUCCACCCUAACCCGCACAUCCCUGGACACUAUGGGGCAAUUUAGCACGGCCAAUCCACCCUAACCCGCACAUCCCUGGACACUAUGGGA